CUUCCAUUACAUAUUUACACAUCCCAAACACUUCACAUUUCCUCAAUACUCAACACCAACGAACAAAUUUAAUCUCAUUUUCUUCUUAAAAAUGGCAAAAUUAGGAUUUCUUGCUCUUCUCAUUUUCAUCAUAUCCCUUCAUCACAUGUCAAUGACCAGUUUAGCCCAAAACUGUGGAUGUGCUAAACAGGGACUGUGCUGUAGCAAGUGGGGGUACUGCGGCAGCACCGACGAUUACUGCGGCACGGGGUGCCAGGAAGGCCCGUGCCGCUCCGCGGGUGGCGGUGGAGGUGGUGGCGGGUCAUCGUCGGGGGUGGCGGGCGUGGUUACUGAAGGGUUUUUCAAUGGGAUAGCCAAUCAGGCUGCUUCGAGCUGUGAGGGGAAGGGGUUCUACACCAGGGCUGCAUUUCUUGAAGCCAUCAAGCAGUACCCUCAGUUUGGAACGGUUGGGUCAUCAUCUGAUGAUUCUAAGAGGGAAAUUGCUGCCUUUUUCGCCCAUGUUACUCAUGAAACUGGACACUUGUGCUACAUUAACGAGAUAAAUGGUGCAAGCAGAAACUACUGUGACAACACCAACACACAAUACCCAUGCGUCCAAGGCAAGGCCUACUACGGCCGUGGCCCCAUCCAACUCUCCUGGAACUUCAACUACGGCCCCGCCGGGAAGAGCCUCAACUUCGACGGCCUCAACAACCCCGACAUCGUCGCCACUGACUCCGUCGUCUCCUUCAAGACUGCUUUGUGGUUUUGGAUGAACAAUUGCCACUCCAUCAUCACCACCGGCCAGGGUUUCGGCCCCACCAUCCGCGCCAUCAAUGGUAAGCUCGAAUGCGACAACGCGAACCCGCAGACGGUUACCAAGAGGGUUGGGUACUACACACAGUAUUGCCAGCAACUUGGUGUCGAUCCCGGGACUAACCUCAGAUGCUAGUGGCUGCUGGCUGGUGGUUCGUUAAUUUAACUAGCAAUAUGUAAUUUUUUUAUGGUAUAAACACACACAAACACACAUACAUGUACUGAUGUACUCUAUGUUUAUUUACUGUAAUGUAAUAAUGUUUUCAUAUUUGAAUUGAAACUUGAAAUAAAACAUGUUCCAAAGGUCUGGUUAAAUUACCCCA